CCACAAAACGUCAUACGUCAUCGUAUUAAAGUUUGUAGGGAGAUUCCCAAACUGUUACUUUCUGUUUAUAUAGUGCAAUACGGCCUAAUGUCGCUGUUAAUGCAGGGCAACGACAGAUUACUUUUACUUAAUCUGCGUUUAGCUUUUGGCAAACAUUGACGAUGACCCCUGUGUUUAUUUUUCUCUUUUUGUUGGUGCCUUUACGCGCGGAUGUUAGAGUGCCAGUGUUUGUGAAGGAGGGAGAUUCAGUCACUCUACACACUAAUGAUACAUCAGACCAACAAAAGAGAUAUUUUCAACGUAUUACCUGGCAUUUUAAUUACAAUCUCAUAGCUUUAAUUCAUGGAUAUUUUCCUCACAAUGAAAAUGACAGUAGGAUCUGUACAGAUGUUCAGUGUAAAGAUCGUGAUGAGAGAUUCAGAGACAGACUGAAGCUGGAUCAUCAGACCGGAUCUCUGACAAUCAGAGACAUCAGAACCACAGACUCUGGACUUUAUUAUAUAGAUGGCUUCGGGUUUAACAGACUUCAAAAGACCUUCAUUGUUGCUGUUAAUGGUGUUUUUGGUGUUGGUUCAGAAGGAAGGUCAGUGUUUGUGAUGGAGGGAGAUUCAGUGACUCUAAACACUAACGCUGAAACAAACAAGAUUGAAGAGAUUAGAUGGUAUUUUAAUAAAAACAUCAUUGCUAAAAUCAAUAGAGAUCUCAGUUAUAUCUGUACAGAUGUUCAGUGUAAAGAUGGUGAUGAGAGAUUCAGAGACAGACUGAAGCUGGAUCACCAGACUGGAUCUCUGACCAUCACAAACAUCAGAAACACAGACUCUGGACUUUAUACACAACACAUCAUCUACAGCAGCUACAGCUCACAUUGGAAAUUCGGUGUUGCUGUUCAUGAAGUCCCUGCUGCUGAACGAGAUCAAAUGAAGACAAAGUCAGUGAAGGAGGGAAAAUCUUUUUUUUUAAAUGCUGAUCCUGUGUUAAAAAAAACAAAUGAUCUGAUGACGUGGUAUUUUAAUGACACUCCUAUAGCUGAAAUCACUGAGGAUCAUAGUAGGAUUUGCACAGAAAUUAAGUGUAAAGAUGGUGAUGAGAGAUUCAGAAACAGACUGAAGGUGGAUCACCAGACUGGAUCUCUGACCAUCACAAACACCAGAAUCACAGACUCUGGACUUUAUAAACUAAAGAUCAGCAGCAGCAGAUUCAGCAGGAGCAUCAGCAUCAUUAGGAGCUUCAGUGUCACUGUCAUUGGUGGAGGGUCAGUGUCUGUGAUGGAAGGAGAUUCAGUCACUCUACAGACUGGCAUUAAAACAAAACAACAAGAAAAGAUUGAGUGGUAUUUUAAUGGCUUUCAAAUAGCUAAAAUCACUGGAGAUCUUCGUUAUAUCUGCACAGAUGUUCAGUGUAAAGAUGCUGAUGAGAGAUUCAGAGACAGACUGAAGCUGGAUCAUCAGACUGGAUCUCUGACCAUCACAAACAUCACAAACACAGACUCUGCACUUUAUCAUCUACAGAUCCACAGCAGAAGAGGCAAAAUCAGGACAAAGAGCUUUAUUGUUGCUGUAUCUGCGGAGGUCUCCAACUUGCAAGCAGCGUUUGCUUAUCAGAGCGAACUCCUAAAGAAUUAUCAAGAACAGCUUACGAAGCUGCAGUCUGUCAACGAACAUCUGACACACUACGUGCGAGCCCUCCCUCCACCAAUGCCUUCUACGGAAGUAUUCGAAUAUCCCGCAGGGGGCAGGGAUAUUUCGAAUCAAAUCAUUCACGCUCGUCAAGGCAACCGCACCGCAGCUGAUUACGCCAUUGAGUUUCGUACUCUAGCAGCUCAGAGCGGAUGGAAUGAUGUUUCUCUCAAAGCCGUCUUUUACAACAGUUUGAACAGUGAUUUACAAACUGAGCUCGCCUGCCGACGAGAGAAUUCAUCAUUUUCAGAACUGGUUAACCUCGCCAUUAAACUUGAUAAUCUCAUGAGGCAGACACCCAAACAACGCUCAGCCAAGAGUUAUCAUCGCAACUCCCCGAGCUCCAGCUCAGUAACAGAACAAGUACCGAUCGAACCCAUGCAAAUAAACGCUUCACGAUUAUCUGAGGAGGAACGUACUCGACGCCGUCAAAAUCACCUGUGCUUUUACUGCGGUGAACCAGGCCACCGUAGCACUGGAUGUCCACUCAAAUUCAAGACCUCCUCAAAGGUAAAUAUCCAAAACCUCUCCAUAUUACAAUACAAAUCUUUGACACUGCCGGUUACCAUAAGAACUGAUACCCUCUCUCUCGAUCUGACAGCGAUGAUUGACUCUGGGGCUGCGUUGAACAUCAUCAAUAAGGACAUCAUAGAAAAAUUCAACAUUCCAACUCAACCAUGCAUCCCGCCCAUUCGAAUCAAAGCCAUCAAUGAUACUCUCAUCGACCACGGCAUCCACCAUCAAACCAAGACAGUGAAACUGCAGGUUGGAUUACUUCAUCAGGAGAACAUUACCCUGUAUGUGGUUGAUUCACCCAAGUACGAGAUUAUCCUCGGAUUCCCCUGGCUCUCCAUCCAUGAUCCUGCCAUCUCGUGGAAUCAAGGGGAAUUAACUCACUGGUCACAUUUCUGUUUAAGGAACUGUCUUCCUGCUCAACCACAACCCUGUCUCACCACAAGCAUUGAAAGUCCAGACACGAAGGUAAAAAUCUCCAUUCCUGAGCAGUAUCAAGAUCUAUCAGAAGUUUUCAGCAAAACCAAGGCUACCUUACUCCCUCCACACCGGCCAUGGGACUGUGCCAUUGACCUGCUGCCGAACGCCAUGCCACCUAAGAGUAAGGUGUACCCGUUGUCGAGAAUGGAGGACCAGGCUAUGGAGGAGUACAUUGAGGAAGCACUAGAAUCAGGUUUCAUCCGUGCAUCAACAUCCCCGCAGCAGCAGGCUUCUUCUUCGUAG